AUGAGUCAUCCCAAACUGUGUCCUUCAAAAAAGGCCGGUGUUCCUGCCGACAACUUUAAAGACAGUGAAAUGGAAGAAACCCCAGAACAUGACGCCGCCGCCGCCGCCGCCAAGAACUUCAACGAUCUCCCACAAGACAUUCUCCUCCACAUCCUCUCAUUCCUCCCCACACUAGACACAAUCAGAACAAGCCUAAUCUCCACAAAAUGGAAGCCUCUCUGGUCAUUAGUCCCAUCUUUAAACUUCUCUUACGUUCACUUCCCUCCUUACAAAAGUUUCUCCACAACCCGCCAAUUCUUUUCGGAAUUCAUCGACCGUACACUCAUCAUGAGACCCCAGUUGCCCCUCAAAAAAUUUAGGCUGGAAUUCAUCUAUGAAGAUAGGUAUGGCUGCCAUGUUGACUCUUGGGUACGUUAUGCAAUCAAGAAUGACGUUUUAGAACUUGAUCUCGAUUUCUUUAUUGAUAAGAGUUUUCAUAUUGGUGAACCAGAAGCAAGGCCUAAUUAUGAUUUCCCUUUUUCUGCUCUUAGAAAUGGUAAAGUUAGAGUCUUGAAGUUGUGUUGUUGCGAUUUGACAUUGCCUGUUAAUAUGGAAAGUAUGAAUCUUUGGACAAUGAAGGAUGUUUAUUUUGAUCAGAUUUAUAUGACUGAUGAUGUGGUGUUGGAUUUGUUCAAAGCUUGUCCUAAUAUCGAGGUUUUGAAGUUUGAGGAUUGCUAUGGGAUGGAGAAUUUGAGGCUUUGUUCAGAGAAGUUGAAAAGGUUGGAUCUUUUGUAUUUUUAUACUACUGAGAGGGAAUUGUAUUUGGAGCUUGACUGUCCUAAUCUUGUUUGGUUGAAUAUUGAUUGCGUUGAGGUGGGGCAGUUUUGUGUUAAGAAUUUGUCUUCUUUGGUUGAGUUUCAUACUUCUAUUGUGCAUAAAUUGGAGCACUAUGGACAGUGGUUUAAAGUUGUGAAGCAGCUUCAUCGAAUUGCUCACAUCAAGCAUCUCGUGGUUCAAAAUUGGUGGCUUAAGCUUGCACCCAAGGAUGUUUUUCCUAAAGAUUUUCUUCUGUACAAUCUCAAACAUUUAGAGCUACAAACCGGGUAUACACAGUAUGAUCUUCUUGGCCUGGCUGCAUUGCUUGAAUUUUGCCCCAAUCUUGAGACAAUGAUCCUCAAUCCCCUUUACAAGAUAGAUGAUGAUGAGAGUUUAUCAGAAGAACUCUUAAAUAAACCAAUUAAUCUCAGUAUGCCUAGCCUCAAGGAAGUCAAGCUGAAAGCAAUACCAGGAGAAAAUCAAAAUCAAUUUGCUCAAUUUUUGGCCCUCCUGAAAAAGCAAGGAGUUGUCCUAGAAAAGAUUGUUCUACUAAUCCCUUUGUAUGAUGGGUUCUCAUCGUCUCCUAUAGUUCUGCGUGUAAGCCCUCCAAGAGCUGACGUUAACGCAGAAUUUUCUCUGCAUUUUGAAGGAAACCCUGAUCAGUGA